AGCAGCCAAUGGGAUCUCAAGGCCGCGCAGGGCAGCCCUAUUCCAGCAGCCGCACCGAGCGUGGGCGGGGUCCUUAGUUCACUGUCUCGCACCCGCCGGCAGGCGACAAGGGCAGCGGCACACGCGACCAGAUUUGGAACCCAUACUGCUAAGAAGCAUUCAGACUGACAUUGCAUCAGAAAGUGUCCUGAGAUCAGCCGCUCUGUCUUGCAGACAGAACAGGUGGGCCAGAGAAACAUUUUUUUCGACUCAGUAAGAUCUGCCCUAUCAAGCAAGACUCCAGCCCCACAGAGAAAGCUCAUGGAACCCGGAACACCAAGCGCCAACCUUUGGAGGACAGGCAGACUCCAACAGGAUCUGUAGGGCACUGCCUUAGCCUCACCACCAUGGCGCGUGGUUUCACAGUAGGCUUUGACCCACUGGGUCUAGGAGAACUCAGCUCUGCCUCCCUGAGCUCCCUCUCCUCCCGAGGCCACCUGGGCAGCGACUCGGCCUCCACAGCAACACGAUACUUGCUGAGAAAGCAGCAGCGCCUGCUGAAUGGGCCCUCCCGAGGAAUUCGAGCCUCCUCACCCAUGGGCCGUGUCAUCCUCAUCAAUUCCCCCAUCGAAGCCAACAGUGAUGAAAGUGACAUCAUCCACGCAGUUUGUGUGGAGAAGAGUCCGUCGGGGAGGCUGGGUUUCAGCGUGAGAGGCGGCUCUGAGCAUGGCUUGGGCAUCUUUGUCAGCAAGGUGGAGGAGGGAAGCAGCGCAGAGCGGGCUGGCCUGUGUGUGGGAGACAAGAUCACCGAGGUGAACGGGCUGAGUCUAGAGAGCACCACAAUGGGCAGCGCUGUAAGACUGCUGACCAGCAGCAGCCGCCUGCACAUGAUGGUGCGGCGCAUGGGCCGUGUGCCUGGCAUCAAGUUCUCCAAGGAGAAGACCACAUGGGUGGAUGUAGUGAACCGGCGACUGGUGGUAGAGAAGUGCAGUUCAACACCGUCGGACAGCAGCUCAGAAGACGGUGUACGCCGCAUUGUCCAUCUCUAUACAACCUCCGAUGACUUCUGCCUAGGCUUCAACAUCCGAGGAGGCAAGGAGUUUGGCCUGGGCAUCUAUGUGUCCAAAGUGGACCAUGGUGGACUGGCUGAGGAGAACGGCAUCAAAGUGGGGGACCAGGUCCUGGCGGCCAACGGUGUCAGGUUCGAUGACAUCAGCCACAGCCAGGCCGUGGAGGUGUUGAAGGGCCAAACACACAUAAUGUUGACCAUCAAGGAGACCGGCCGAUACCCUGCCUACAAAGAGAUGGUUUCCGAGUACUGCUGGCUAGAUAGAUUGAGCAAUGGGGUCCUGCAGCAGCUGUCACCGGCCUCUGAGAGCAGCUCCAGUGUCUCCUCUUAUGCCUCCAGCGCCCCCUGCAGCUCGGGCUCGCUGCCCUCUGACCGCAUGGAUGUUUGCCUGGGACCAGAGGAUCCCACUAGCCAGGGCCCAGGUUGGGGGCGGGCAGACACAGCCAUGCAGACGGAACCUGAUAUGGGCGGCAGCCGUGUGGAAACUUGGUGCAGCGUAAGGCCAACCGUCAUCCUCAGGGACACAGCCAUCCGCUCCGAUGGUCCCUCUUCUACCCGACAUCUUGAUUCUGCACUUUCAGAGUCCCCCAAGACUGCUCUGCUCCUGGCCCUCAGCCGACCCAGGCCCCCCAUCACAAGAUCCCAGAGCCACCUGACACUGUGGGAGGAGAAGAAACAGCGGAAGAAGGAGAAGUCAGGAUCCUCUGGGGAGAAGGGGGCCUUGCAGCGCUCCAAGACGCUGAUGAACCUCUUCUUCAAGGGAGGGCGGCAGGGGCGACCAGCAGGGGACGGGCACAGAGAGGCCUGGACACUGGACAGCAGAAGCCCCACCAAAGUCCGUCCUCGCCUGGACCUGGAGAAAGCAGGGAGUGUGGGGCCUGUGCAGAAGUUUGUCACCUGGAGACUCAGACGAGACCGGGAGAGGGGCCGGGCUCUGCUCUCUGCCAGGUCUGGAAGCCCCUCUGGCCAGGGGCCCAAUGUGGAUGAGCAGAUGCAGGCCUGGGAAAGUCGACGGCCGCUCAUUCAGGACCUGGCCCGGAGGCUGCUGACAGACGACGAGGUACUAGCAGUCACUCGCCACUGCUCCCGGUACGUCCAUGAGGGUGGUGUGGAGGACCUAGUGCGCCCCCUGCUGGCCAUCCUGGACAGGCCCGCGAAGCUGCUGCUGCUGAGGGACAUCAGGAGCGUGGUGGCCCCCACAGACCUUGGCCGCUUUGACAGCAUGGUGAUGCCUGUGGAGAUGGAAGCUUUUGAGGCUCUUAAGAGCAGGGCAGUGGGGCCUUCUGCUUUGAGACCUACCAGGCAAGACACGCCACCCAAGCGUCAUCUCAUCACCCCUGUUCCUGAUAGCCGUGGAGGUUUUUACUUGCUGCCAGUGAACAGCUGCUCAGAGGAUGAAGAUGGAGAAAUAAGGGAGAGGCUUGGGGGCCUUAAGGUUUCCCUCGGUGCCUCUGCCCCUCACCACAAGGGAAUCCCUCCUCUACAAGACGUGCCAGUGGAUGCCUUUUCUCUUCGCCGAGGCGCAUGCGCACCUCCUCCCCAGCCACCUCCUGUGGCUCCCCGGCCUCCCAGGCCUAACUGGCUACUGACAGAACCCCCAAGCAGAGAGGACACUCAGCAGAACCAGAACCAGACCCCAGGCCAAAGCUGCAGCCGCAGUCGCAGUCACAGCCGCAGUCGCAGCGGCAGCCGCAGCCGCAGUCGCAGCCAAGGUCGAGGCAAGUCUGCUGGAUGCAGGCGCUCCCCUUCCCCGGCACCCAUCACCACUGCCACCUCAGCCAACGGGCGUUACCACAGGCCUCGAAAGGCAAGGCCCCUGCUUCCACGACCCCUAGAUGGGCAGGUGGCCAAAGUGGGAGUCAGGCAAGAGCCCUUGGAGAAUGGGAUUGAUCAGACAGCUGAGGACGAAGCUGGGAAUGCCACCACUGGAGAGCUGAGGACCGUCACACUAUCCAAGAUGAAGCAGUCUUUGGGCAUCAGCAUCUCAGGGGGCAUCGAGUCCAAGGUGCAGCCCAUGGUGAAGAUAGAGAAGAUCUUUCCUGGAGGUGCUGCUUUCCUCUGCAGGGCUCUGCAGGCUGGCUUUGAGCUGGUGGCAGUGGAUGGAGAAAGCCUGGAGCAGGUAACCCACCAGAGAGCCGUGGACACCAUCCGCAGGGCCUACCGAAACAAGGCUCGGGAACCUAUGGAACUUGUUGUCAGGGUCCCUGGGCCUGGCCUCCUGCCCCUAUCCUCUAACCUACGAGCCAUUAAGGGCCAGGGCCUUGCUGCCGACAGUUCUUCCGCCCAUGGACCCAUUGAAGAUACUCCGAUUCUCACACAACUACCUCCCACGGAGGCUAGGCAACUACGGCAUGCUCUCAGCUCUGUCCAAAAGGUCCCUCAAAGUACCCCUAAACUCUUCCCUAUCCAUAAGGAUCCCCACAACCCUUCCUAGGGACCUCAAGUCCAACUACUGCCUCCAGGUUCCAUAUACCUGUCCUAUCCAUUUGACCACCGAGAGCACUGCCAUACUUGGGUGGCUCUGAUCCACUGGGCUGUCAAAAGGGCUCUGGCCUUUCAAGAUAAGCUGGAUAUCCAAUUACAAGGUGUACUAGUGGGCAACCUAAGCCAGUUGCAUUCCCUAAUCCUGGAACUGCCUCCCAGUGAGGAGACAGACACUCAAGUCUGAAGCCUGUAACUGGUGUGAGGUUUUUCACGAUGGACCUGGCUCACCAUAAUCUGAGGGGCUUAAACUGAGUCGUCAAGGUCACUGCAUUCAUCCCCCAGCCUCAAGCAGUGUUCAGUGCAAAGGACAGAAGGAAAGGCUUUUCUAGUUCCUCACGACUCAUGGUGUCGUCCACCAGGGCCCGGGAUUCCUACUGGAUUAGUCCUAAGAACUCCAUCACAGGUAGGUGGGUAGCCAGCAAGCAGAGGAGACAGGAUGUCAAACAAAUUCCCCUAGAGUUUAUCCAUCAAGCCUUUUUUUUUAACAAAACUUUUUUUUUUUAAUUUUUUUCCCCUUUGGGUUUGUACAAGAAAUUUACAGUGUGAAAAAUAUACAAGUGGGAACGAGGCCAUAACCCUGGAACUAGGGAGGGCGGCUUGGUCACGAACACAAAUAAACAAGACAUUGCUGAGUU